GAUCUUCAGUUUAGCUUCGAACCUCCGCCAGACAAGUCGUGUCGACGGCUACUCCUCCAGUGGCCAGUGGUUAAGUCAAGUCCCUAACGCGGCUCAAACGUUGUCGGAAUUUAAAGCCCGAGAGAGAAGAAAACAGAAACUGCAUCAUUUGCAUAAAGCAAAUAGAAAACGUAACAAAAAUAACUUGGGCAAAAGUUUAUUCGAACUGGUCGUGUUGUUUCCAUGUCGAAUUACUGACAUUUUUCGCGUGCCCGUUUCUUGGACAUUUCCAGCCGUAUAUCGUGUUUGUUUUGAACAAAAAAAUAGUGCAUCGAUAUUGCUUGAAUAAAUAUUGGAUUUCUGAACUAGAAGUGAGUCAUGAAAGUCUCAUUGGCACUGUGGGGCACUCUGUGCCUGUGGGUGGUCGCCGCGAAUGCCCAAGGAUUUAUCCCACCUCCCAACGCUGGACUGCACAAUGCGCCGCCCUUUCACAACUCGCAGCGCCGCCAGUUGAAUCUGCAACAGUACAACCAGCAAAACUUUGUCCAGGCGGGUGUGGAGCUGCCCAUUCCCCACCGUCCCCAGCAGCACACCCACAUCCACCACCAGGCACCGCAGCAGCAGCACCGCUUUGGGCAGUUCCCACAGCAGCAGCAGCAGCAGCAGGCCCAGCAGCAACAGCAUUUGCAACAAAACCAACAGUUCCAGCGCUCGACCCAAAACCAACUGCAGACAGCUCCCCAGUUCCCGCAGCAACAUCCGCAGCAUCAGCAGUUGCCCUCACCGGCCGGAGGCCUUGAUCUGCAUCACCAGAACUUUUUGGAUUUGCGUAACUUUGCGGGAUCCCAGCAACCCCAGCAGCAGCAGCAACAUCGUCACAAGCAGUUUGACUCGCGGCUGCAAUCCACGGCUUUUCCUCCUCAGCCUUCGCCGGAAACCUACCAGCAACAGCAACAGCAACAACAGCAGCAGCAAUUCGGCUUCCAGCAGCCCCAGCAGUUCGGGCCCCAAGUGCUGCCCCAGACCACGCAGAAGCUGCCCAGCCAGGCUCCAGUGCCCACCUUCCAGACCAUUCCCCAGCAGCAGCAGCAGCAACAGCCUGCUUUCAACUACCAGCAACAGCCCAACCAGCAACAGUAUCAGUUGACUCCUCAGCUGGGAUUGCCGGUGCCCCAAAUCUUCAGCAACGUUCAGGCCACUCCAUUCCCAGAGCCGACCCGGGGAACCUUCCAGCAACAGCCCCAACAGCCACACCAGCAGGUCCAACAGCAACCCCAGUUCCAGCAUCAGUUCGUAAACGCGCAGGCCCCGAUCCAGACCCAGACGCAGGCUGCCGACCAGGAGUACAAGCAGAAACUGAUCCAGAAGCACGAGCAAUUCGUGGCCAAGCAGUACGAGAAGCAGCAGCACAAGGUGCGCCAGCAGCAUGAGGAGUUCCUGGCCAAGCAGCACCAGAUCAAGCAGCACAUUCUGCCCACAAUCAUCACGCAACACAAUGGAAACUUCCAGAAUCCUCAGUAUGUGGGAGGUCCGGUGCGAGGAAGGCCGGUGGCACAUCCCACGGAGUACAACCAGUUCAACAGUGCCCUGCAGCAGUACUACAAGGAGCACCCGACCACGACCACUACUACAACCACAACUACUACUACAACGGAGGCUACCACCACGCCCAAGAAAAACAUCUACGCCCAGGUCAAGUCUGAGCUUGGAAAGUACCCAACCCAGAAGGGAAAGAAGCCAGUGAAGACCAUUGCCCGCGAUGACUUGCUCAAGCAACUGAAGGCCGCCUUGUCAGAGGCUCCGCAGCAACCACUGACCGGCAACAAGACCUAUGACGAGAUGGAUCUGGUGCUGCCCAAUGGGCAACGGGUGCAGGUGAUCCGGACCACAGACCCCAACCUGGUGCAGGGCCAAAAGGCCUACUCUCAGGAGCAGUUGCAGACCUUGCUGGCUCAGCAGGCUUUGGGAGGCGAUGCUAAGCUCAGUCUCAGCGAUGUGGCGCCAUCCAAGAGCAAGGACCUCGAGUUGCCCGGUGGCGGAAAGGUGCAGAUCCUCCGAUCCCCCGACCCACAAGAGUCGGACUCCCUGCCAACCGGGUCCCUGCCAGGCGGCGUCGAUCUCUCCGGCCUGGCCGCUCUGUACGGAGGAGGAGCUGGCGACAUCCAGGGUAUCAGCAGUGGAGCCAACAGUAUUGCCAGUUCGGCGGUUAUCACCUCCGACUCGGAUGAUCCACCAUCGCUCGAGGAACUGGCCAAGCGGGGACUCAUCCCCGACGGCUAUGAGAUCGAGGGCCUGAGUCCAAAGUCCCAGGCACCGGCCACCGCUGCUCCUCCCCCAGUGCCUGCCAAGAAGAAGGCCACAUACGUGUACCUGGAGGAGCAGUCCGAUGGCAGCUUCAAGAUUCAAGGAGUCAAGGCCAACGGCGAGAAAGAGACUAAGCAAACGGGCGCCGAGGUGGAGAGUAUUCUGGAGCGAAUCCGUAGCGGCGAGAUCAAGCUUCCUCCCUCUGUUUCCCGCCUGACCCUGCCCAACGAUGAACUGGUAGAGAUUAAGAGCGGCAAGAUCAUCCAGACCACCAGAGCGCCAAGCACCACGACCUCGACCACCACUACCACGACCACCACACCCACACCGUUUGUUUCCCGUGGAACACCCCACAACCACAGGCAGUAUCACCCAUCCAGGAUUUCGACCUCUACUACCACAAGCACCACCACAACCUCCGCUCCAGUGACUCAGCGUCAUAAUUUGUUCUUCGAGAGCACCACCAACCAAGCCAAUGCCGCCAGCCUCGUUCGCACCACUCCCGCCCCCAUUUACAGUGCUUCGACGGUUACGGUUGCGCCUUACCUGGGCGGAGCCUCCACCCACUUCCCCGUGGUCACCGAGCGACUGUCGGAUGUCACCCACAACCCAGAACCGGUGCCAUCCAACACCCAAUACGCCGAUGCCCUUGUCCAGGAGACGGAGAACAGUGAGAAGGCUGCCCAGGCCAGCCCUGCUGUCGGUUCCGUGCUGUCUAACCCUAGCGAGGAUCUGAUCCAAAUCCUCAAGGCCAAUGGCCUGUUCGCCAUGGCCAAGUACCUGCGGCAGUCUGGACUGGAUAGCAUCCUGAACGAGACGGGUCCCUACACAAUUUUCGUGCCCACGGACAAGGCUUUCAAGAACUUGCUGGUGCAACUGGGCGGACCUGAGCGCGCUGAGGAGAAGUUCCAGUCCAACCCUAGGCUCUUGAGCGGGCUCUUACUUCACCACGUAAUCCCCGGAGCCUUUGAAAUUGCCACCCUGCAGGACGAGAUGACUGGAGUUUCCCUCGCUGGAACUCAGUUGCGAGUGAAUCAGUACAACAUGCACGACCAGGAGUGGAAUGAUGUGACUCUGACUACGAUCAAUGGAGCCAUGGUUGUGCUAAACAAGAAGGACAUCAAGAUACCACAGGGAGUGGCCCAUGCUGUGGACCGUGUGAUGUUCCCUCUGCCGGUCGGAGACUUGCUUCAAACGUUGCAGUCUGAUCGCGAGGGUCGCUUCAGCAACUUCCUGAAGAUCCUGUACACCUCUGGAUUGUCCGAGAAGCUGCAGAGCAAGGGUGUCAAGACAUACACUGUCUUUGCUCCAGUGGACAAGAGCUUCAGCGAACUGGACUCGGAUACUUUGGAGAAGCUCUACAAUGACAAGGAGGCUGCGGAGCAGUUUGCCAUGAAGCACAUCGUGCCGGGAGCUCUCUUCUCGGCCGGUAUGCGCUUCUACCAGGUCAAGGACUCGCUGUACACCGGCAAAACCGUGAUCCUGCAGAAGACGUCGGCCGGAAAAAUCAAGGUGAACGACGCCCAGAUGGUCACAUCGAACAUUCCGGCCACCAACGGAGUGAUCCACGCCCUGGACGGUGUCCUGGCGUGAAGAGACUAGAGCUGUCCGCCAGCAGUUUUAUCCAUAGUCCUUAAGAAGUAGCGUAAGCGAGGAGGAAGAGGAGUCUUCAUCAACCACAUACACAAAUUGCUUAGUGAAAUCUUGCCAAGGCCCACUUGCCAAGGUUGGGCUUGAGAAAAAUGCAAUCUCUAUUAUAAAACUGGUGCAAAUUCGUCGUUUGUAAGGGAUAGACACGGAUAAUUGGUGCUUCCGCAUACCUUACUGUAUCAUUUCUUUUUCGCCUUCAUAAAACAGUCAUUACACAUAGUUCAAUUUAAGAAAACGAGAAGAGAAUCUGUAAUUAAACACAAACACCAAGGAAUCUGUUUGGGAUCUAAGCUAAGUUC